AUGGCCUUACACCAUGGGGCCAAGGAAGUGGUGUGGCUGAGGCGCUUGUUGGAGGAGUUGGGAGUUGAUUCUUGAACUUUGAUUGAACUUUUUGAGAUUGAGUUAAGUUCUCCUCCUACAGCUUACCCCUCAGUGCGUCGAAAGACAUAGCGUCGCGAAUACUCCAUCAAUUGACAUGAUUCAAAUUGAGAACGGUAGCUAAGAUUACAAGCUACAACAUAUUCGAUUUUCGAGACAUUCAAACGGCUAGUGUUUUGUCGACGUCGUUUCUUGUGAAGACGACUUUUCUGUCCAGAAUUUCAGAUUUAUAUUUUGAGUAAUUCUAGCUCCUAAGUUCACCUAGACUCCGUCCUUAAUCCUAACAAGUGGUAUCAGAGCGAUAUUAAGGACAUUAAGAGGAGUCUACAAAAGUUUGAAGACUUUUCUAGACCUACCAUGGCCUGUGGGUGUGCCUAAGUGGUGUUCUAAAGGUUGGAUGUGUCUUCCGCUAAGGGGAAACUCUGCCGAAAUUUCGUGGACGCCGACACUUGUGAAAAUAUCGAGGGAGCUGAGUCUCGACAGCAAAGGGGGAGCUGAAAUUCGUCAUUUCUCAAGGAGAAGAUGAAUGAGAGAGGAGGAGAUGCUAAUGGAAGAGGAGCUGUACCUGAGAAGACAAGUGAGCCGCCACCAUCAAAAGUUGAAGCUUUGGAUGGCUCCAACUAUGAGGAAUGGAGCGGGCACAUGAGGAGUGCCUUCAAACGCUACAAGCUACUGAAGAUUGCUGUUGGGGAGGAGAAGAUGCCGGAAGAAGGCGAAGCACGUGAGCGGUGGAUUGAGAAAAGCGCGGUGCUUUUUGACCUCAUCCUUCAAUCGGUCAACAAGGAGAUGUUCGAGCACAUCAAGGAUCUUGUGGAAGCGGAUGAUUCGGGUCCAAGGGUGUGGAAACUACUACGCGAUGUGAUUCAGCCCAACACUCUCCCGAUGGUGAUCGUGCUCGAGAAGGAACUUGCUGCCAUCUCCAUGCGACCAGGGGACGAUGUGAAGCCGGUCCUUGACAAGAUCAAGGACACCUAUGCAAGGAUGGCAGCAGUGGGCAGCAGUGUAUCUCAGCUGCAGCAGUGCACCAAGAUCAUCUCGGUGUUGGACAACUCUUGGGACAACCUCAUCCCCACCCUCAACUCUCAGCAAGAUCAAUGGACACCUGAGUGGCUAAGGCAGCAGAUUCUGCAGGAGGACUUCUGCAGACGCCAUGUGGGAGGCGGUGCUGCCACUAAGACUGCUGAGGGGUAUGGAGCUGCGGGGCGUGGCAGAGGAAGAGGGGGUUGGAGAGGCCGAGGCCAUGGGAGGAGCUUUGGCAGAGGUAGAGGCCGAGGUGACUAUAAUGAGGGGCAUGGGAGCUCUGGUGGUAGGGGGAGUACCAGAAUGGAGGGCACCUGCUGGUACUGCAAGAAGGUCGGACAUCCUUGGUUCAAGUGCUUUAGCAGGCCGGAGGGAUGGGCACCUCCAGGCAUGUGUCGCCAAGUGGUGAACGCGCACAAGGUGGCGCUGUGCAAGGCUCAGGUGCACAAGGUAAUACCUAUCCUGGGAUGUUUCUCAUGGUUGAGGAUGUGCAUGGGCAUGAGGGUGAUGUGGGAUCUGUAGGAAAGGUUGUGAUGCACCCUCUCAUGCACUGGGUGAUUGAUUCAGGUUGCACCAGUCACAUGACCCCACAGGAAGAUAUGCUUGAUGAGGUAAAACCCCCUGGAAAGAUAAAUCUACAACAAGAACGGUAGCUAAGAUUACAAUCUACAACAUAUCCGAUUUUCGCGACAUUCCAACAGCUAGUUUUUCGUCCACGUCGUUCCUUGUGAAGAUGACUU